CUGGCGGAGGAUGAACCGAACAGCACUGCGAAGCUGGGAUUUGGUUGCUGGCAAGAUCCAGAAAAUGGGUUACUGGAGGAGCCAUCCGCUGCUGCUGCUGCUGCUGCUGCUGCAGCUCCCGUGCAACAGCCGAGCAGGAAGGAACGUGAACAGCAAUGUAUGCAAGUGGUGUGACAAUACACACCCCGUCUGUGAAAAUCAGGUGUGCUAUAGCAACUGCGAUUUAAGCUCCUAUUGUGAAAAACCAGAAGAAAUCUGUGUUUCUAUAUGGAAACAAGGCAAUGCAAGUAUAAAAGUGAGCACUUUCUGCCACAACCCGCAGCUUCCCGUAGAAAAUGUCAUGGUUUCAAAGUAUAACACAUCACAGUGUGUCAUGGUCCGUCAGCAUAACGAGGAGGGGGCUUUUUACAUCUGUGGCUGUGUGAAAGAGCAGGAAUGCAAUGACAAGCUUAUCUUUGAAAAUCAUACCAAUGGAUACUCCAUGCUACAAAGCAAGGAAAUCAUUCCUGUGGCAGCCAUCAGCCUGCUGCCCCCGCUGUUAGUUGCUAUCAUGAUCACAGUGAUAUUCUAUCUCUGCCGAACCCAUCGACAGAGGAGGAGGUCCAAGGAAUGGGCUCAGAAACAUACUCAGUGUCAUGAGCUGCCUGAAUCAAGCCGAGCCGCUACUUACGAUGAGAUCCUGUCUGUCAAGAUAGAUCAUCAUUCUGCUCUUCACCCAGCCUGCACCAGCAGCCUCAAUCAUAUAGCUGAACUGCUGCCGGUUGAGUUGGAUGAACGAGUGGGGAAAGGGCAAUUUGCAGAAGUCUGGAAAGCCAAACUGAAGCAUGCAUCUUCAGGCAAGUAUGAGACAGUGGCUGUGAAGAUUUUCCCUUGUGAGGAAUUUGCAUCGUGGAAAAACGAAAGCCAGAUCUUCACGGAUGCCAACCUGAAGCACUGCAGCAUCCUUCAGUUCCUCACCGCAGAGGAGAGGCACUCUGGACUUCAGAAAGAAUACUGGCUGAUCACUGCCUACCACAGCCAAGGCAAUCUUAAGGAUUACCUGUCCAGGAAUAUUCUCAGCUGGAGAGACUUGCAAAAGAUGGCAGGUUCCCUUGUGAGUGGUGUGGCCCACUUGCACAGUGACUACACUGCCUGUGGCAGUCCAAAAAUUCCCAUUGCCCAUCGGGAUAUCAAAAGCACAAACGUUCUCAUUAAGAACCAUCAAGAAUGUGUACUCUGUGAUUUUGGAAUUGCUCUGAGGCUGGAUCCAUCUUUAAGUGUGGAAGAUUUUGCUAAUAGUGGACAGGUAGGUACUGCCAGAUACAUGGCUCCUGAAGUUUUAGAAUCCAGAGUGAACCUUGAAGAUCUGGAGUCCUUUAAACAAAUGGAUGUCUAUUCUAUGGCUCUGGUUUUAUGGGAGAUAGCCUCCAGGUGUGAUGCUAUAGGAGAGGUUAAGAAUUAUGAACCACCCUUUGGAUCAAAGGUCCGGGAGCAACCUUGCAUGGAAGUUAUGAGAGACAUUGUGCUAUAUGGUCGAGAACGACCAGAAAUACCAAAUAACUGGUUGGCACACCAGGGAAUGCAUUUUCUGUGUGACACCAUCACAGAAUGCUGGGAUCAUGACCCCGAAGCUAGACUUACAGCCCACUGUGUUGCAGAGCGAUUCAACUUGAUGGCACAAACAGAUUGUGAUGACAUUCUCAACAACAACAGCAUUGACAAUGAAGCAAACAAAAUGGGUUGCUCAAGAGAUGAACAUCAAAAUAAUGACAGGAACAUCCAAUGACUGGAGAAAUAAAAACAGGACAGAACCACCAAUAGGGCAUGUCAUCCAACAAAUAUAUGCCCCAUCAUUUAGGCUCCUGAAUGGAUAAAAAAUGUGUAAGACCCUUUUAUACUAGACUAUAUUAAGGUUUUGUUCAACACAGGAUAUUAAUCUUUUAAUACUUUUUAAGAAUGUACAGUGAAAUGCAACAUGAGUCCAAGAAUGAGUCGCUCUGAUUUCACAUUAGUAGAAUGGAAAGAGGUGAGGGUACUACAUUGGUAAACUCUGCCGUGUGAACAAAGACCACUCAUGCUAAAACAAACAUUAAUACACAAGGCAUUUGUUUUUGCAUUUAAAACAUUUUUCUUCUUAAAUAUUAAUUC